AUGGACAAAAAUAAUCUGAAUUCUGGUAAUGCAAACCAUCUACUGACUGAUAUGAACGCUCUGGCUGCUUCUGCUGCAAUAGAGAUGCUUAGUUGCUCCACUGCUUAUGUUGCUACUGCUGCAGAAUAUAAUGUUCUGAGAUUUGAUAAACAAAAUUGA